GUCUUUUCCCUUAAUUAUGGCUUUCCCAAACAACACAACUGAAGUAAAUCAAACAAGUGGUUGGAUAAAUUCAAAUCGAGGAUCAGUUGCUGAAAUAUUUGGAAUGAUUUGCACAAAAUACGUAGCACCUUCCAUCUGUGUUUUUGGAAUACUUGGUAAUUCUUUCAGCCUGGUAGUUUUGUUGCGCAAGUCCCUGAAGCAAUCCCCGUACAUCAAUUUGAAGGCUCUGACCAUAGUUAAUUUACUGGCAUUACUUCUUUCUUUUCCUUACAUGAUACAUGGAGAAAAUUCAAAAGAAUAUGGAUGGAUGUGGUACAACAUUUACAUUUUUAUUCCUUUUGUCAGCUUUCUAACUGCGACAAGUAUUUGGAUUGUUGUAUUAAUGACUAUUGAACGCUUUAUGUAUGUGAGAUUUCCUCUUCGUGCAAAAGGACAAUGUGGUCGAACGGGAACCAUAAUUCGAAUAUUUGUCGUAUCAUUGUUAGCAUUUAUUGUAUCGCUUCAUAAAUUUUUCCAGUAUGAAUUAGAUUCUGUCAAGUUAAGAUACGUAAAGACUUCAUUUACCAAAAGUGAAAUGUCACAUGUUAUUGAGAUCACAAUAAUGGUGAUUAUUCAUUUCAUACCAUUAGUUGUUCUGGCGGUAGUGAACAUUGUGUUAGUGAGCACAGUGCGCCAGGCCCGGAACCGGAGGUUAAUGUUGAACUUGCGCAACAACCAGGAGGGAGGGUGGCAGAAGGAUGAAAGGCGUUUCACCGUUACACUCGUCAGCAUAGUGAUUCUGAACAUCUGUUUUAUCGGACCAACCACCAUCACAGACAUUCUGUAUCUAAGCACUAUCGGCCAAAAUAAUAACAAUAUAAUAAUGACUAUUUCAGUUAUGCGUCAAUUUUCAAAUGUUCUUUUGUGGUGUUGCCUGUCAUUUAAUUUUGUGCUGUACUGUACUUUUAACAAGAGGUUUUUUCAAGCAGUGAAGGAUACAUUACAGAUUCACAGAUUUCGAAGACACCGUUCUAUGAAAUCGUCAGAGUUGACGUUUUUGCGUUCAACAAACUUCGACAGUUAAUCAUUCAUUCCUAAUUGACAUAUUCCAUAAUUGAGUGUUCUUCAUGUCCUUAAUAGCUUGUUAAUUAAUUUCUUGCAAAUUUCAUGUUAUAUCAAUUGCACUAUACCACACUUCACAGCUGUUGUAAUGCAUUAAUUCAAUUUGCCAUAUGUACGGAGCUCUGGACUUUUAUUGUAAACUUCUCACUCAUAAUAGAUCUAGAAAUAUGAUAUAAUAAAGU